AUGACUGUUUCCUACACAGAAUUCUUAACUACAGACGACUUUUCUGGCUAUGAAGAUAGUGAAAAAUACCAAAAGGAGUGGCUACCAAAGGUUUUGAAGUACAGAGAAGAUUUAGAAGCUGGAAUCUUGCCAGAAUUCACCGUUGAGUUACCUGGCUCAAUUGAAAAGCUCACAGAAGACAAAUUUAACCCCUUGAAGUACUUGUAUGAAAACAAGUUGUUGACCGAAAAGGAAUUCAAGAUCACUGACACCCCUGCCUUCAUCUUAGCUGAGCAGAUCGCCAAGGGAGAAUUAACCGCUGUGGAAACGUUGAAGGCAUUUGGUCACAGAGCCAUAAUAUCGCACCAAUUCACCAACUGUGCCAUGGAAUUGUUUGUCAACGAAGGUUUAGCUAGAGCUCAAGAGUUGGAUGACUACUACAAGAAGAACGGUAAGACUGUCGGUCCCUUACACGGUAUACCUAUUUCCCUUAAGGAGCAAAUGAACUACAGGGGUAAAAUCACCCAUGGUGGAUAUGUAUCCAAGAUUGACAACGUUGUUCCUGAGCAUGGUAUUACCAACCAAGUCUUGGAAAACUUGGGUGCUGUCUUCUACGUGAGAACCAACCAACCGCAGACGUUGAUGCAUUUGGAUUCAAACAACAACUUCACCGGCCUUUCCAAGAACCCAUUCAAUUUGAUCUUAUCGUCUGGUGGUUCAUCCUCUGGAGAAGGUGCCAUUGUUGGGUUUGGUGGCUCUGCCAUCGGUGUAGGAAGUGAUAUUGGUGGUUCUAUUAGAGCACCAGCAGCAUACUCCGGCUGUCAUGGGUUAAGACCAACUACUAAAAGAAUCUCCACUUUUGGUGGUAUAUCUGGGGGCGCUGGACAAGAGAGUGUGCCCGCCGUGGUUGGUCCAAUGGCAAGAUCCGUUACUGACCUUGAAAUUUGGAUGAAGUCUUACAUUAACGUUGGAAAGCCAUGGAAUUUGGAUCAAAAUUGUAUUCCAAUUCCAUGGAGAGAGGUUUCCAAACCUGAGCCUAAAUCCUUAACUAUUGCUGUCAUUUACGACGAUGGCUUGGUAAAACCUUCUCCUCCAAUUGCUAGAGGUUUAAAGGAAGUUGUGGCUAAGUUAGAAGCUGCUGGCGUUAAAAUUGUUAAGUUUGAGCCAUUUGACACCAAAUUAGCAUAUGACACUGUGCACAAAAUGUACGCAUGUGAUGGUAACUACGCCCAAAGAGAAUUAUUGGCAGGAUCUGGGGAGCCAUUGAAAAAAUUGACCAAAUGGAGUUUAAGUUACGGUGACGGUGCAAAGGCAUACGAGGUAGCUGAAAACCGUAAACUUAACAUGAUCAGGGACAAGUUGAGACAAGACUACACUGAUUACCUCAAUGACAAUGAAGUAGACUUUAUCUUAUCUCCAACAUACAAUAAUGUUGCUCCGAAGUCAGAAGAAGUUUACAAUUGGUCUUACACCUCAUUAUUUAACAUUUUGGAUUUACCAACUUUGGCUUUCCAAACUGGUAUUUUCCAGGACCCAGCAAAGGAUGUUUGGGGACCUGAACAUGCCGAUUACAAGUACAGAAGCAAACUUGAAGAAUUGGAGUGUAGUAAUUACAACCCAGAAGAUUUCGUCGGUGCUCCUGUUGGUUUGCAAUUAUCUGGUAGAAGAUACUUCGAUGAAGAAGUACUUGCUGCUGGUAAAACCAUAGUUGAUGACAUUUUGAAGUGUGACUUAUUUGACUUAUUUUAA